AUGUGCUCCAGCGGAGGAAAUGAGGAAGAGAAAGAGCAGGCAGAGAAGGAUUGGGGCUCUUCUAGCGGCUCCGUGCUCCAAGAGCCAUCGGCUGAGCUGGUUGAACUGGCGCUCAACAAUGCAGAGGCGGUUGUGAGGGCGGCGGGAGGGUGCAUCGACUCCCUGUCCUUCGGUAGGGAGUGGAAGAACAUGUUCCCUGACUUCCCGCGGAGCAAGUUUGACGGGACGAAGAUCAGCUCGUUCAACAAGCUCCUGUCCGUGUACGGGAACGAGCGGUUCGUGAUCGAGGAGACCAAGAAGCGGGAGAUCAAGCUGUAUGUCCUCAAGGAUGCCAAGGGGAGGGAGGGGAGGGAGGCCUACAUGCGUGCUGAGGAGCAGCUUGCUGAGCUCGCGGCUUCCCCUCUUGGCGCUUUCUUCGAGAUUCGGGGCGGACGCAUGAGAGCGGGCACAUCUAAGUCCCUCCCUCCCAACCUCGCCUCCUACACCAAACUCGACCUCCUCCUCGACGCCAUCGAGCCCAACCUCGUCGCCUUCGCAGGAGGAGUGAGCUCUGUGUCCGGCAGGGAUGCGGUCACAUGUCUCAAUCACAUCAAGAGACUGCAAUAUCAGGCGAAGUAUCCCGUGCAGCAGACGCGCGUGAGCUCCUUCGUGCGCGCGUUUGCCGACAUUGCAAAGC